ACACACACGAGAUCCAUUAGCGGAGUCGAAUCCUUGUGAAUCACUCACUGAACCGAUUCGUGUCACUUGAACUCAGUCGGAGUUUUAGAGAAACAACAGACACCAGUCUCUCGGUUCCGGCUGUUUCACUCCGCGCUACCGAGGGGUCCGCCGAAUCCUCCGGUUCUGAUGGAUCUUUGUUGAGUCUCUCGUGCUCCUGAACGCGCAGGAAGUUUCCUGAACGACUCAGACGGCUACCGGUUCCCUCACCGACUCACCGACGACUCCUGAGAAGUGAAUGUUAGCAAGAAGACAACGCAGGACUCAGAACUGAUCCGAGUGAAUGAAGAGGCGGAUUCGUGAAACACGAGUCAUAUAAAGGAUCGGGUUAUUUUACCCGGCUUCGCUCAUCUCUCUCUCUCUCACACACACACACUCUGUGCCCGGUGGUGUCUAUACUACACCAUGGCUUUGCUGGAGCUCGCUAUGCAGGGCUUCUCCAUCUUUGGAUUUAUUUUAUUUCUUGUUCUCUGGCUCAUGCAUUUCAUGUCCAUCAUCUACGUCCGCCUGCAUCUCAACAAGAAGAGCAGCGACAAGCAACCGUACAGCAAACUGGCCGGGGUGUCGCUGCUCAAACCUCUGAAGGGCGUCGACCCGAACCUCGUCAGUAACCUCGAGACGUUCUUCGAGCUCGACUACCCGAAGUAUGAAAUUCUGCUCUGCGUGCAAGAUCAUGACGAUCCGGCCAUCGACGUGUGUAAAAAGCUGCUCGGGAAAUACCCCAGUGUCGACGCCCGCCUGUUUAUAGGUGGUAAGAAGGUUGGCAUCAACCCCAAGAUAAACAACCUCAUGCCAGGUUACGAAGGCGCCAAAUACGACCUGGUGUGGAUCUGCGACAGCGGUAUCCGAGUCAGACCCGACACGCUGACUGACAUGGCUAAUCACAUGACCGAGAAGGUGGGUCUGGUUCAUGGCCUCCCGUACGUCGCGGACCGCCAGGGUUUCGCUGCUACGCUCGAGCAGGUGUAUUUCGGAACGUCACACCCGCGCUCCUACAUCUCAGCUAACGUGACGGGGAUUAAGUGUGUGACGGGGAUGUCGUGUCUCAUGAGGAAGGACGUCCUGGACCAGGCGGGCGGUCUCAUUGCCUUCGCGCAGUACAUCGCUGAGGAUUACUUCAUGGCCAAAGCCAUCGCCGACAGGGGAUGGAAGUUUUCCAUGGCGACGCAGGUGGCCAUGCAGAACUCGGGCUCGUACUCCAUCGCUCAGUUCCAGUCACGCAUGAUCAGGUGGGCGAAGCUGCGGAUCAACAUGCUCCCCGCCACCAUCAUCGAGCCCGUGUCCGAGUGCUUCGUGGCGAGUCUGAUCAUCGGCUGGGCGGCUCAUCACCUGUUCCGCUGGGACAUCAUGGUGUUCUUCAUGUGCCACUGUCUCGCCUGGUUCAUCUCUGAUUACAUUCAGCUCCGAGGAGUUCAGGGCGGUCCUCUGUGCUUCUCCAAGCUGGACUACGCUGUGGCCUGGUUCAUUCGAGAGUCCAUGAGCAUCCAGAUCUUCCUCUCGGCUCUCUGGGAUCCCACCAUCAGCUGGAGGACGGGGCGCUACCGGCUACGCUGCGGCGGCACGGCCGAGGAAAUCCUCGAUGUGUAAAGGGGGAGAAAAAAAAAGAAGGGGGGGGGGGUUUAGAAGGAAAAGGAAAAAAAAAAAAGCACCUUGAAGCAGUGGACUCACUUGUGACACAACAGGAAGAGGAGGAGAAAGGGGUGGGGCUAGAACAUUAUUGCCCAGAAUCAUUUCAGAUCAGACCUGUGAGUUUUAAGAAGUGGAUUUUUUUUUUUCUUUUUUUUAGAUUUUUAAAAAAACCUGUGUGUGU